ACUUACUCGUUGUCAGCACGAAGUUUAAAAAUCCAAUAAAAAGUUAGGAUACCUGAUUCACCGCUUCUUAUCUCCCUGAACCAUAUGUAUCUCAUUCUUGUUUCGUGCUCGUGUCGGUUAACAUCGAAGGAAAAUAAAAUAAUUUCAAGUGAAUAUUGGAUUGUGGAUUGAAAGUGAAGUCAAAAUGCCAAAAAGAGCUCAUUCAUCUCAUCGAAAAAAGGACGCCCAAAUGAGGAAACUGAAGAAGAAAUUGAAACAAAUGGAAAAACAAAUCAGGAAAAUUCAAUCGAGUGAAUCGAGCGAAUCGGACCACACAUAUUCCAAAGAGGAAUCUUCAGAUUCAGAAUCAUCAGACAACGAGUCAUAUAAACAGAAGGACGAUAUGGAAAUUGAGGCACCAACACCAACACAAGAUUUUAGUGUCCUAGGUUCAAAACCCAAUGAUGAGGAUGAAAUGGGAAAAUCUCUCCAUGAAGAAAUAAUAGUGCGCUGGAAUACGUAUCUUCAAAAAGGAUUCGACAAAACCCAACGUGAAGAAUUAAUGGCAAAAUAUAAACUUCCCGUGAACUGUAAAAUGUUGAUCCCCCCUCUGGUCAAUAAGGAGAUUCUGCCAUGUCUACCUAAGUCAGCUAAUGAAAAUGAUCAUUUUCUGAAAGCCUUACAAAAACAAUUAGCUCAUGGACUGACGGCUCUCACCGAAAAUACAAGAUUAUUUCCUAUUUGA